AUGCAGGUCUCCUUCACCACCAUUGGCCAGCUCAUGGUCGCCCUCCUGGCCGGCACCGCGCUCGCCGCUCCGUUGAGCACCACCGCCGCCGAAGAACCCAAACUCCAACCUCGCAGGGAUUCGCGCUGCGCCGACAUGGGAUACGGAUGCGAACGCCGAUGCUACCCCCACACCGACGUGCUCGCAAGGAAUGCAGCCGUGGCCACGGCCAUGGCUGCUUAUACCGGUGCUACAGCUGACCAAUGCGACAUGGUUCCCAAACCCCCCCGCGCCUCGCAGUGCUUCAACAGCCCAGGGGCAGUUGUUGAGAUUGUCAUUGAGCAGGCUCUGGCCAGGCCCUAG